CGGGAGAAAAUUCCGCACACUUCUCACUCGCAGCCAUGAAGGUCGUACUCUGCCUCGCCGCUCUCGUGGUGGUCGUCUCCGCUCAGCGCCUGCCGGCAAGAGAGGACUUGGAGGCCGCAUGCGGGACCCUCGAGCGAAGGGAAUGUCUUUCCCGCGUGCGCCGCUGCCGCAACAUCCGCCGCGGCUCUGAAGACGCCCAGGCCAACAGAGACACCAUCCUCACAUGCGCCCGCGAGAACAACAUCAGGCCCCUCGAGAUCGCGGCCGCCAUGAGGGCCUCGGCCGGGAAGGAGGAGAUCUUCGACAAGCUGGACACGACCCAGGAAACCAUCGACAACUUGCGGAUCUGCGUGCUGCGUUCGAAGGGACUGGCUGACGAAAAUGGCAACAUAGACGGUGGACUGAUGAGCGCACAGAUCGAAGAGAAAUUGCGUGCUAACUUGGAAGGCUCUCCCGACGUCUUGGAAGUCAUGUUGAAUGCACUUGCAAGCUGCGCUCUUCCAGUCACUAUCUCGGAUGUCCCCGACUUCCGCAACUGCCUGUCAAGCAACUGCAUCCAGAACUACCCAUCCGGGAACUAGAACUUCCCAUCCGGGAACUAGAAUUUCCCAUCCGGGAACUAGGCGCCAAGGUCCUCGACUGAGGAGGCCUUGUCGCCUUUCGGCUAACCCUCCGUUUUCUUUCUCCUUUUCUUUAUCGGGACCUUUUCACUUCCUAUUUUCUUUCGUCAUUUUGAGUUCGAUUAUUUUUCGUUACGGCACUGUUUAGAAUAAAUUAUAAAUUUUAAAA